UGCCCCGACGUUAUCAGCUCCGGAGUCAAUUCGAUUUGAUUUUUUCGCGCUGCCCUCAAAUGCAAGCGAGUCCGCCUUGGCAGCGCUACGUUUCCGGCGUUCUGCUCCGAUCCGUUCCCGAAAAGCCGUCGCCACCAGAGACCGUUUUUAUCCAAACUACUAUCCAAACUAUUAACACUGUUUUGAAAAUCAAAGUGAAAGUGUGCAAGAAAUCAAAGUAAAAACUAAACUUAAAAAAAGAAUUAAUAAUAAACAUAAAACCCAAAGAAAAAGACCGCACCCGCAGAGGCCAAAAAAAGAGGUGGGUCUGUGCCCGUAGCCCCGCCGCCGGACAGUGUCCGGCUGUCAGUUGGCCAAACAUUUCAUCAAUAAACGAUUCAACUUCCGCUCCGUUGCGUGCCGUUACCUGUCCCUGUCUGUGUAAUGUCUGUGUGUGUAUUUGUGUGCGUGUCCUUACCACUCUGCGUGUGCGUGUAUGUGUGCUAAGGAAACUUUGCAACUUCCGGCCAAGUGACUUCGAUUUAAUUUCUUUGGCUUUUUUAUGGUCAAGCAUUUAAUUAAUUUUACUAUGGCAAUUUGAUCGUCUGGUCUGACCUCUGACCCCUCUAACCCUGUGCCACAUACAAAAGAAGAAGGCCAAAAAGGACUCACAGGAGGUGAGCCACACCCAUUUGAAAGCAAAGCCACCGAUCUAUUGAAAUGUAAUUCGCACCGAAGGCGAACGCCAACGUUCUGUGAUAGACGAGUAUACGAGCGGAUAAUCCCCUUGGGAUUUCUGCCCCUCCCCAGACCGAUUCUCAAUUUCAAUCAAAUUGAAUUUGAGAAACGCAAACGACGAUUCGAACGAAGGUGAUCUUGGCUCCUGACACGAUUUACGGAUACAGCGGCAAACUGUCGACGCUAUCGAUACGCAACUUCUCGGCAAACAUGCUGAACAAUCUUGGGGCCAAUGUGCUGGGCCCCAAGGAUUGUGAUCUGCCCAAGGCCGCUCUGACGGCGCUGCACGCGGGCGUCAACAGUUUUGGCCAGCUGCCGGUGGGCCCGAACCUGGCCGAUCUUGGCGGCGUGCCAGGAGGUGGUGGUGCCAACGGACCUGGUGGCGGAGUGGUGCCCGUCGGCGGAGGCGUGGCUAGACUGCAUAUAUCCGGUGGCUUGUGCGACAACUCCAAUGCACUGAGCAGCGGAAACGGAAGUAGUGGCAACAACAGCAACAACAACAGCAGCAACAAUAGCAACAACAAUAUGCAACAACAGGAUCAGCACCUGGACAAAAACAAGCAGAAGCGACACCGCACCCGCUUCACUCCGGCCCAGUUGAACGAACUGGAGCGAUGCUUCUCGAAGACCCACUACCCGGACAUCUUCAUGCGCGAGGAGAUCGCCAUGCGGAUCGGACUCACCGAGUCGCGCGUUCAGGUCUGGUUCCAGAACCGCCGAGCCAAGUGGAAGAAGCGCAAGAAGACCACCAAUGUCUUCCGUACCCCGGGCGCCCUGCUGCCCUCCCACGGACUCCCACCGUUCGGAGCGAAUAUCACCAACAUUGCGAUGGGCGACGGCCUCUGUGGAACUGGGAUGUUUGGCGGCGAUCGCUGGAGUGUCGGCGUUAAUCCCAUGACAGCAGGCUUUGGCCAACUGAAUCAGUCGUCGCCGCUCUCGUCCACGCUGAACAGUGGCCUGAACUCUGGCAUAAACAUGGGCUCCGCCUUGGGAGCGGGUAGCUACCAGCACUACGGCCUCAACGCUCUGGGCGACUCCAUGAUGUACCAGCACAGUGUGGGCGGGGUGAGCUGUGGGCCAAGUGGUUCGCCCAGCGCCACCACGCCGCCAAAUAUGAACAGCUGCUCGUCGGUGACCCCGCCGCCGCUAUCCGCGCAGCCCAAUACCAGCCAGAAUGAGCUCAAUGGUGAACCUAUGCCACUGCACCAGCAGCAACAACAGCAAAGCCAUCAACAACAGCAGCAGCAACAGCAACAGCAGCAAUCUCACCAACAACAGCAGCAACAGUCUCACCAACAGCAGCAACAGCAGAUGGCGCCACCGACGCCGACACAACAGCAGCAGGACGCAGGACUUCCGCUCUGCCACCAGUCCAUGCAGUCGCCGACAGAUGGCGCCACCGAGGAGGAUGUGUGGCGAGGACACAGCAUUGCUGCGCUGAGACGGCGAGCAUCGGAACUAAACUCAUCGAUUCCUUCCUACCUACAUCACGCCGCCCACAACAACUACGAGCACCACAAUUCGGUGUACUGAAAUUUGUUGAAAAGCUUCGAAAGCUUUUCGGAUUACGGGUUCUCCAACUGUGGAGCUGGCGCCCACGACUUGGGCUAGGAAGGGUCAUGUAAAAUCCGUAUGGAGCUGGAGCUACAGCUACAGCUACAGCUCCAGCUCGGAUGGCAUCGAAGCGUUAUAAGAUAACCAAAACCUAUGUUUAAAUUAUUGUACAAUUUAUGUGUUUGCAUUAUUUGUUCCAUGAUUUAGGACACACGAAAGGGACGAGUGCAUCUUCGACUUAAAAGACUAUAAUGAAUGUAAACCAUGUAUACGAGAAACGAAGCUAACGAUUUAGAAAACUGUACGAGUACGAUUGUGCGAUUGUAUUCGAAAAAAAAAUAGAGUCCUAAGAAAACUAUACGUUCUAUUCCAGCAUGAAUAAUGUAGACAUUAAACAUUUGCAGUAUACGAGAAAUAAAAAUUGUAAAAAAUAAACAGAAAAGAUUUAGCAGGCGAGGGAAUUAGCAAAAAAAUGAAAGCCAACCCAUCUUCGAGGCAUCACAAUAAUUUUCGGCAAGGGAAUUCCAAGGAGUUCGCGCUUAAUUCGUAUGUAAGCAUAUUAUGCCUCUAGGAGUGUAUGUAUUAAGUAGAUCUAUUCUUAUGUAAGUGUUGUUGUUUUUGUGUAUAGGCAGUAUACUUCUGUUCCGUUGCUAUAUCUUCAUAUAAUCAUAUGCGAUACCGACCCAAUACAAUAUUAUAUAUCGAACGAGCAGCCCCAACUAUAGCAAAA